AUGGGCAGCAAGACUCUUCCAGCCCCGGUUCCCCUCCACCCCUCCCUGCGGCUGGCCAACUACUCCUUCCUCCAGACCUCCAACGGCUUCCAGCUACCCACGGACCAGGUCCCUGGCAUCUAUAGCUUCAGCGCCCUACAUGCCGUCCACCUCCAUCAGUGGACCCUGGGCUACCCUCCCUUCGCUCUCCCCCGCUGCACUUUCUCCAAGCUCCCAGCCCUGAUGGACGGCCGCUUCCCCGGCAUACCUUCCAUCCCCAUCUUUCCCCACCUGGUCCAGACCAAGGACCAGGCCGCUGCUGCCACCGCCAUGGGUCUCUUCCAGGUCUCCAAGAACAAGCCUCAGCCACGCUUCGACUUCGCCAACCUGGCCACCGCCGCCACCCAGGAGGACCCACUGAAGGCGGAGGACCUGAGCAUAAUGGGGGCAGUCGCCACUACUUCCCCUCGCCAUGGCGGGCUAGGCUGUCUCAUGGACGUAGCCAAGCUGUCAUCGCCCGAGCGUAAGCCCAGCCGCGGCCGCCUGCCCUCCAAGACCAAGAAGGAGUUUGUGUGCAAGUUCUGCGGCCGCCACUUCACCAAGUCCUACAACUUGCUUAUCCAUGAGCGGACGCACACGGAUGAGAGGCCAUACACCUGCGACAUCUGCCACAAGGCCUUCCGGAGACAAGACCACCUCCGAGACCACAGGUGAGACCUGCACUUUUCUAUUACAAUGAAGCUCAAUUUAACGAAUGAGGAGUAUGGAGAUAGAUGGCUGCCAAAAUGUUGUAAAUGAAUGAAUAAUAUUUUAUUGUAAAUUAUUGUAUUAUUGGAAACUUUAUUAAUUGCCACAUAACCUUCAACAGAAAAGCCCAGACCCCAUUUAUAGGUACACUUCUGUGUAAGACAUAAGAACAGCAUAGGAUAUUAAUAAAAAAUAUGAAUAAUUGCUUCCUAAAUUGUCAUAUAUGCUACUGAUUAAUCAUGUUGAGUCUCUGACAGUGUCAUGCAUCAGUGUUGAGUCCAAUUCUAUUUGAAUUCAUUCCAAUUCAAGAAAUGGAAUAGCCCCAACCAUAUCAUGCAUUGGACCCUUAAAUCCAUUUAGAAUCAAACUUCUUCUAAUUUCCUCUAGAGCAACAGACCAAUGUAGCACUAACACGAUUAUAUUUGAUGCUGAAUCAGAUUUCAGGAUCAGUAUGUGAAAUAAUCCAGUAACAAUCUGAUAUGUGAAAAAAUCAGGUAACAAUCUGGUUAAGUAGUGUGAAAAGCUGCAACAAAGGCAUGAAGCGAUAUCAAGUCCAUAUUAAAGAGUUUAGCAGGGGCAAUCUAAAGUUAAUACUUCGGAAUACCUUUGAAUUGACAUUGGCACUGUUGAUAUUGAUUUGAAUUAUAGCUGUAACUGAUGUAAACAACAUCGACAUUUUGCAUACGUGUUGAGUAUGAGAGGCAUACAUUGUAAUUCAUACCUUUUAGAACAAUAUAUCACCAUACUGUUCACCUCCUUUUUCUCUUUCUUAUUUCUUUGUUGUCUCAUGAAUUUGUGGCUUUAGAUUGAUAGUUGUCUUUGUGUGUUUGUUAUGUUUCGUUAUUCAAUCCUGAGUUCUGUUCUGCCCUGCAGGUACAUCCAUUCCAAGGAGAAGCCAUUCAAGUGCCAGGAAUGUGGAAAGGGAUUUUGUCAGUCCAGAACUCUAGCCGUCCACAAAACGUUACACAUGCAG